CGGAGAGACGUUCGUCGCGGUGUGUUUGCGUCAUUGGGCUCCGCCACCACGCGAAGCCGGGGAAGAUGGCGGCAGCCGUUCUUAGCGGGCCCUCUGCGGGCUCCUCGGCUGGGGUUCCCGGCGGGACCGGGGGUCUCUCGGGAAUGGGCUCGGGCCCACGUCUGCGUCUACUGCUGCUGGAGAGCGUUUCCGGGUUGUUGCAGCCGAGAACAGGGUCUCCAGUUGCUCCUGUGCAUCCCCCAGUCCAUUGGGCCCCACAUUUGCCUGGGCUCAUGUGCCUGUUGCGGCUGCAUGGGACGGUGGGCGGGGCCCAGAACCUCUCAGCUCUUGGGACAUUGGUGAGUCUCAGUAAUGCGCAUCUUGGUUCCAUCAAAACUCGGUUUGAGGGCCUGUGUCUGCUGUCCCUGCUGGUAGGGGAGAGCCCCACAGAGUUGUUCCAGCAGCAUUGUGUGUCUUGGCUUCGGAGCAUUCAGCAGGUAUUGCAGUCCCAGGACCCACCACCUACUAUGGAGUUAGCUGUGGCUGUCCUGAAGGACCUGCUCCGAUAUGCAGCUCAGCUUCCUAUGCUCUUCCGGGAUAUUUCCACCAACCACCUCCCUGGCCUUCUCACUUCACUGUUGGGCCUCAGACCAGAGUGUGAACACUCAGCUUUGGAGGGAAUGAAAGCUUGUAUGAUCUAUUUUCCUCGGGCUUGUGGUUCUCUCAAAGGCAAGCUGGCCUCCUUUUUCCUGUCUCGGGUAGAUGCCUUGAGCCCUCAGCUCCAGCAGCUGGCCUGUGAGUGUUACUCCAGGCUGCCCUCGCUAGGGGCUGGCUUUUCCCAGGGCCUGAAGCACACUGAGAACUGGGAGCAGGAGCUGCACAGCCUGCUAACCUCCUUGCACAGCCUGUUGGGAGCCCUCUAUGAGGGAGCAGAAACAGCUCCUCUGCAGAGUGAAGGCCCUGGAGUAGAGACGCUGCUUUCCCACUCAGAAGAUGGUGACACCCAUGCCCUGCUCCGACUUCGGCAGAGGUUUUCAGGACUGGCCCACUGCCUGGGGCUUUUGCUCAGCUCUGAGUUUGGGGCUCCUGUGUCCGUGCCUGUACAGGAUGUCCUGGAUCUGAUCUGCCGGACUCUAAGCGUCAGUGGCAAGAACAUUAGCUUGCUUGGAGAUGGUCCCUUGCGGUUGUUGUUGCUGCCCUCAAUCCACCUUGAAGCCUUGGAUCUGCUCUCUUCGCUCAUCCUUGCGUGCGGAGGCCGGCUCUUACGUUUUGGGGCCCUGAUCAGCCGCCUGCUUCCCCAGGUCCUCAAUGCCUGGAGCAUCGGGAGGGACACCCUCUCUCCAGGCCAGGAGAGGCCUUACAGCACCAUCCGGACCAAGGUGUAUGCUAUCUUAGAGCUGUGGGUGAAGGUUUGUGGGGCCUCAUCAGGCAUGCUUCAGGGAGGAGCCUCUGGAGAAGCCCUGCUCACGCACUUGCUCAGUGAUAUCUCCCCACCAGCGGAUGCACUUAAACUACGCAGCCCCCGGGUGAGCUCUGAUGCAGGUUUGCAAACUGGGAAGCCCAGUGCGCCCAAGAAGCUAAAGCUGGAUAUGGGGGAGGCUAUGGCCCCACCCAGUCACCGGAAAGGAGAUAGCAAUGCCAACAGUGACGUGUGUGCAGCUGCAUUGAGAGGUCUCAGCCGGACCAUCCUUAUGUGUGGGCCGCUCAUCAAGGAAGAGACUCACAGGAGAUUGCAUGAUCUGGUCCUGCCCCUGGUCAUGGGUGUCCAGCAGGGUGAGGUCCUAGGGAGCUCCCCUUACAAUAGCUCCUGCUGCCGCCGUGAGCUCUACCGUCUUCUACUGGCCUUGCUGCUGGCACCUUCCCCUCGAUUCCCGCCUCCUCUUGCCUGUGCCCUGCAAGCUUUCUCCUUCGGCCAGCGAGAAGACAGUCUUGAGGUCUCCUCUUUCUGCUCAGAAGCACUGGUGACCUGUGCUGCUCUGACCCACCGAGUUCCUCCCCUGCAGACCAUGGGUCCUACCUGCCCCACACCAGCCCCAGUUCCCCCUCCUGAGGCCCCUUCUCCAUUCAGGGCCCCAUCCUUCCAUCCCCCAGGCCCUAUGCCUUCCUUAGGCCCUAUGCCCUCUCCAGGUCCCAUACCUUCAGCAGGCCCAUUGCCGUCAGCUGGCCCCAUGCCCUCAGUGGGCCCAAUGUCUGCCACAGGCCCUAUGCCUUCCACGGGCCCUAUGCCUUCUGUGGGUCCUAUGCCCUCCACACGCCCUGGACCUCCAGCCACGGCCAACCAUCUAGGCCUCUCUGUCCCAGGCCUGGUGUCUGUCCCUCCCCGGCUCCUUCCUGGCCCUGAGAACCACCGUGCAGCUUCCAACGAGGACCCUGUCCUUGCCCCUAAUGGGACUCCUCCACCGACCAUAACCCCAGAUGAAACUUUUGGGGGGAGAGUACCCAGACCAGCAUUUGUACACUAUGAUAAGGAGGAGGCAUCUGAUGUAGAGAUCUCCUUGGAAAGUGACUCUGAUGACAGUGUGGUGAUUGUACCUGAGGGGCUUCCACCCCUGCCACCUCCACCUCCUACAGGGACCCCUCCUCCCCCUGUGGCUCCCACUGGGCCACCAACAGCUUCCCCUCCUAUGCCAGCCAAGGAGGAGCCUGAAGAACUUCCUGCAACUCCAGGGCCUCUUCCUCCCCCACCUCCUCCACCCCCACCUGUUCCUGGUCCUGUGACACUCCCACCACCCCAGCUGGUCCCUGAAGGAAAUCCUGGAGGGGGAGGACCUCCAGCUCUGGAAGAAGAUUUGACAGUUAUUAAUAUCAACAGCAGUGAUGAGGAGGAAGAAGAAGAGGAAGAGGAGGAAGAAGAAGAGGAGGAGGAGGAAGAGGAGGAGGAAGAGGACUUUGAGGAAGAGGAGGAGGAUGAAGAAGAGUAUUUUGAAGAGGAAGAAGAGGAGGAAGAAGAGUUUGAGGAGGAAUUUGAGGAGGAAGAGGGUGAAUUAGAGGAAGAAGAAGAGGAAGAGGAUGAGGAAGAAGAAGAAGAGUUGGAAGAGGUAGAAGACUUGGAGUUUGGCUCAGCAGGGGGAGAGGUAGAGGAAGGUGGACCUCCACCCCCAACCCUGCCUCCAGCCGUGCCUCCGCCAGAGUCUCCCAAAGUGCAGCCUGAACCAGAACCUGAACCUGGGCUGCUGUUGGAAGUAGAGGAGCCAGGGGCAGAGGAUGAGCCCACGGCUGAGACAGCCCCCACUCUGGCCCCUGAGGUCCUCCCUUCCCAAGGGGAGGUGGAGAGGGAAGGGGGAAGCCCCACUGCAGGGUCACCUCCUCAGGAGCUUGUAGAAGAGCCCUCUGCUCCUCCAACUUUGCUCGAAGAGGGGACUGAGGGUGGGGGUGACAAGGUGCCACCCCUACCAGAGACAUCUGCAGAAGAGAUGGAGACAGAGGCACAGGCAGAGGUGGAGGCUGUAGCUGUCCAAGAAAAGGAGCAGGAUGACACAGCUGCCAUGCUGGCUGACUUCAUUGAUUGUCCCCCUGAUGAUGAGAAGCCACCGCCUACCACGGAACCUGACUCCUAGCCCUCUUCUGCAUCCCAACACCUUGUUUCCAAUAAAGUUAUGUGCUUAUUCAUGCUGUUUCCAAAUGUCCCCAACUAUCUCCACAGCUGACCUUUUAUCUCCAUUGUCUUAAGGAGGAACCAAUGUCACUCAGCACAUUAGUGUUGGAAUUACAGAAUUCUUGAUCUCUACUCUUUCUGAUAUGACAUAUGCGCAGUGUUGCCUAUAUGGGUAAGACUGUAAAAAAUUAGAGGAGGUAGUCUUUUUGAAUUUGUAAUUGAGAGGUAGGAAAUGUGUGGGAGAUUAAGAGGCCUAAAAUGAACCUGUGUAAAUGCACACAUACACAGAUAUACUUGCACUUUUCCUUGGUCUAAAAGAGUAAGCUGAAUGAUUGUGGUGGAAGUUUAAUUAUUGAAUUCAGUGAAAUUUGAACUUUGGGCACCCCAAAUUAAUGGGGCUUUCAUAGUUGGGGUUGAGCUCUGUUCCUAGCUGGUCUUUGCAAUGAUGACAUUCUAAUGUUCCCCAGUAUCCCCUUGGCAGAAAUUUGAUAAGCCCACCCUAGACCUACCAUCUCUUGAGAUCUGGUAUUUUCCAACCAGUGUGAGGUUAAUUUGUACUUCUCCUAGGCCUUGCUGGGAGACAUGAGCCUAGAGCUGUAAAAUUGUGAGGCCAUCAAGAUUUAUGGGUUGGGGUUAGUGCUCCUUGAUGUCACUCAUCUCUAUAGGCAUAUAAACAUAAGGAAGCUGCUUUGGAAAUUUGGAAAAGAGUCAUUUCUCCUAACUGCAUGGGUCCUGAAAGGCCUCUGAGGAGUUGGCAUUUGAGGUAAUUUUUGAAAACUUAAGGAAUGUUAAAAAAUUUUCUCCCCCCACUUAUCUUGAAAAA